AGUUCGUCUAUUUGUUGUGGUUCGGUGAAGAAAAAUGUGCUGACGUUAAAUUUAACAAAUAAAUUGUCUCUCAAUUAUGGAUAACAAAGAAAUAGAUAUUCCAGAUGAAAUUCUAGAUCAAUUACAAGGUUUUCACCAAUCUGUAAAAAAUAUGGAGGAAGUCCUGAGGCCUCUCAAGGAGAUAAAUAUAAAUUCCACAGACUUAAAGCUGAGUCCUCUUGAAAAAGCAAGAUUAAACUUGACUUGUGGCUAUGCUUUAAAUUCUUUAUUUUGGAUGUACUUGGUCACACUUGGAAUUGACCCUAAAGAACACAAAAUUAAAGAAGAAUUGGAAAGGUAUAAGAAUUUCAUGGGAAGAGUACAAGAAAUUGCUGAUAAAGACAAAGCACCUGUUUUAAAUAAAGAAGCAGCACAGCGAUUUGUUAGAAAUGCAUUGUGGGAACCUAAUAAUGGUGGUGAAGCUUCUUCCAGCUCAGAUGAUGAUCAAGUUCAUAUGAAAACUGAAAGUAAGAGGAAGUCUGAUUCUAAGAAAAAAGAAGGAAAAAGAAAGAAAAUGAAAAAUGUUUAAAUGCAUUGUAUUUAAAUAUCUUUAUAUGUAUAUAUUUUGCAUUUUUUACAAAUAAUAAAUUCUUUUAUUCAUAUUUAA